CCGGCCGGCGCCGCGCCGCGUCAGACCCCCCGGCCCGCGCCGCUCCUUUCGCCGUCGGGACGCGCCUCUUAGGGUCCGGGGCCCAGAUCCUCGCCCCGCCUCUCUCAGCCCGCCUGCGCCGCGCUGCCGCUCGGGACCAUGACUUCCGAGGUGGCUCGGCACCGGCCUCAUGUGCCAACAAAAACAACUUGUAUGUCCUCACCAGUGUCUGAUGAUGAACAGAGACAGAAAGAAAAUGUUCGUUCUUUAAUUAUGUCUGGCCAUGUUGGUUUUGAGAGUUUGCCUGAUCAGCUGGUGAACAGAUCCAUUCAACAAGGCUUCUGUUUUAAUAUUCUCUGUGUGGGAGAGACUGGAAUUGGAAAAUCAACACUGAUGGACACAAUGUUUAAUACUAAUUUUGAAGACCAGGAAUCCUCACAUUUUUACUCAAACGUUAGACUAGAGGCUCAGACAUAUGACCUCCAGGAAAGUAAUGUUCAACUGACACUGACCAUUGUGAAUACAGUAGGAUUUGGUGACCAAAUAAACAAAGAAGACAGCUACCAACCAAUAGUUGACUACAUAGAUGCUCAAUUUGAGGCCUAUCUCCAAGAGGAACUGAAGAUUAAACGCUCUCUCUUUAACUACCAUGAUUCUCGCAUCCACGUGUGCCUGUACUUCAUCUCACCCACGGGCCACUCUCUGAAGACACUGGACCUCUUAACCAUGAAGAGCCUUGACAGCAGGGUGAACAUUAUACCAGUGAUUGCCAAAGCUGAUGCAAUUUCUAAAACUGAAUUACAGAAGUUUAAGGUCAAGCUCAUGAGUGAAUUGGUCAAUAAUGGUGUCCAGAUAUACCAGUUCCCAACAGAUGAUGAAAGUAUUGCUAAAAUCAAUGCUGCAAUGAAUGGACACUUGCCCUUUGCCGUAGUGGGAAGUAUGGAUGAGGUCAAAGUUGGAAAUAAGAUGGUCAAAGCUCGCCAGUACCCCUGGGGUAUUGUUCAAGUGGAGAAUGAGGCGCACUGCGACUUUGUGAAGCUGCGUGAGAUGCUCCUCUGCACCAACCUGGAGGACCUGCGGGAGCAGACGCACAUGCGCCACUACGAGCUGUACCGGCGCCGCAAGCUAGGCGCCAUGGGCUUUGCUGACGUGGGCCCCGGGAAGCAGCCGCGCAGUCUUCAAGAGACCUACCAAGCCAAAAGACAUGAAUUUCAAGGAGAACGUCAGCGGAAGGAGGAGGAGAUGAAGCAGAUGUUUGUCCAGCGAGUGAAGGAGAAAGAGGCCAUAUUGAGAGAAGCUGAGAGAGAGCUACAGGCCAAAUUCGAGCAUCUUAAGAGAAUUCACCAAGAAGAGAGAAUGAAGCUUGAAGAAAAGAGAAGACUUUUGGAAGAAGAAAUCAUCGCUUUCUCUAAAAAGAAAGCUACGUCUGAGAUAUACCAGAGUCAGACUUACACAGUGUCAGGUGGCAACCUGAAGGACAAGGACCGCAAGAAGGAACCAGGCUAUCGAUUCGAGCUCCUGUGCUUUGAUGUCAGAGCUUGUGAAACCAGUGGUGGACAUACAGAUGGGGAGGAAGCUCCGGUUUUAUAUAAAACUAAGGUUCCAGAUCACAGAAGGUCAUCACGACCAAAAGUCAUUAAAAUGUUAGAAGUAUGCUUUGAUUUUCUUCUGUUUUUAUUUGCUGUAUCACUUAUUCAGUACGUGGCAAAUGGCUACAGUUACUGACAUUUAAGUAUCAGGUCAAUACAAAGGCCAGAGUGGCUGAUAAUCAGGUAUAUUGUCACUGCUGUUGAAGGGCCGACGUUGCUGGUUUGCAGUGAAUCUGGAUCGUCUCUCCUGCUGCCCAGUUAUGGUCACAUGCAAUGCACAGUAGCUCAAAGUGUCGGCGCUGUGGAAAACACAGAACUCACUCAGGAUGGUUACCUGAUUGCAUUUAUAUCCAAGAUGAACCAUUUUUGGGGGUACACACAAACAGUAGUAUUUUGGGGAUAUGUUUUUAUUAGGUACCUGAAACUCUAACCUCUCAGUAGUUUUAUAGAACUUUUAAUUCUUGACAUAGUUAUCCAGUUGGUAACAUGAUCCUAACCUUUUUUAUCACAUUAUAUAACAUGAUGGCCUUCCAUGCUUCAGUAUGCCUUACUGUGGCUCGUGUAUUGUUGUUGUGAUGAAACAAAGUAUGUUUUAAAAGUAAAAACAUCCAGGCAUUUAAACCCUUUUUCUAAGGGUAAGUGACUUGGAACCUGGGUAUUACCAUACUGUUUUCAUUGGAUGUAUUGCAUACUUAUUGUUUAAAACUGUCUUCCAGGGAAAAAAUAAUAAGGUUGAGUCAUCUUAUUAACACUAUUUCUUGAGAAAUAACAAUGAACAUCUGAAUAUUAAAGAUAUAAGAAUUUAGAUAUUCAGAUCUUAAGGGUAUUUGGUUUCAGUGCCUUAGUGGUGUUCUCAGAGCAAUUUAAUGGUUUCUAACUUUUUCUUAACAGCCAUAGGUGUUUAGUUUUUCAUUUUUUGUACAUGAAUAUUCUAAGUAAAACACAUUUAGUCUCGACAAUAAAAUACAUCUGCGUAUUUACUAAAAUGUUUAAAUUACUUUAAUUUUUCUUUUUUCAAACUGUCAUCUUAAGCAUUUUAUCAAAAUUAGUUCAUAUAAUGAUGCUUGAAUCAUUUUAAGGUGGGGAAUACUACCAGUAUUUUCCAGAUGAUAGAUGUUUCACUUAGCCUGUGUCAGAUUCUGAACAGUGUAUGUUUUCAUGAAGUUGUAUAAGUUGCAAAUAAAACCUUUCAUUUCAUAGUGCAGUUUAUCUGGA